UAAUAUUUGAUUUAUACAUAAAAGAAAAAACAUACACACAAGAAUAAUUGCAUCGUAUUUGGAUGUAUAUAUUAGAAAGAAGCAAAACCAAUCUCUUCUCCUCAAAACUAUUCAUACUCUCACACUCCAAAAUACAAAAGAAAAAACAUUUUUAUUUUUUAUCUUCCCACCAAAAAUUCUCUCUCGUUACAUUAAAUUUCUUUAGAUGCAAGACUCUUCUUCUCACGGAUCACAACGUAACCUCCGGUCACCGAUACCGGAGAGAACCGGAAAGAUUUCGAAGACUAACAAUGAGCAAAAAGGUGUUUCUAAGCAACCAAAUUUUCGUGGGGUCAGAAUGAGACAAUGGGGAAAAUGGGUGUCUGAAAUUAGAGAACCAAGAAAGAAAUCAAGAAUCUGGCUCGGUACUUUCUCUACGCCGGAGAUGGCGGCGCGUGCACACGACGUGGCGGCUUUAGCCAUCAAGGGCGGCUCUGCUCACCUUAAUUUCCCGGAGCUAGCUUACCAUUUGCCGAGACCGGCAAGCGCCGACCCUAAAGAUAUUCAAGAAGCCGCCGCAGCGGCAGCUGCCGUUGACUGGAAAGCACCGGAGUCUCCGUCUAGCACCGUGACGUCAUCUCCAGUCGCUGACGACGCUUUUUCCGAUCUCCCUGAUCUUUUGCUUGACGUGAAUGAUCACAACAAAAACGAUGGAUUCUGGGACUCGUUUCCGUACGAAGAUCCUUUCUUCUUGGAAAAUUAUUAGAAGGCAAAUUCUUGCCAGCGAAUGAAUUUUCUGGUGGUUUUCCCGGUAAAUAAGAAGACGGUGUCGUUUUGCACCACUUCUUUUUUUUUCUUUUUUUUUUGUCUCUGUUGGGAAAUUUCUUUUUGUACGUGUGAGUAAAAAGUUUCCGAAUGUGUGAUGUGUAAGUAAGUACAGGUUAUUUAAUUUCUUUUUUUUGUAUAAAUACGUACGUAAUUACCAAAAAGUUUUCAUU